UAACGUCUAACGGUCCCACAAACCAUGAUAUAGAGUCCCAGUGCGUCUGUAACAUCAAUAGUCAACCUCCAAAUUCUCAGCAAUGGCGAGGAAUCGAAGCUCAAGAAACAGAACCACUUUCUUCUUCUGCACCUUCUUCGCUAUCAUUGCCUUGUGUGCCUUCGUCCCUGUCUUUGCUCCUCUACCUUCUCUUUCCUCUCACUCACUCCAUGACCAUUCUCUCUCUCGACACAAGAAAGUUACUGCUCAAAAAUUUGAGAUUGCCAAUGACAUGUUUUGGAAAGAUGGACAACCGUUCCAAAUUAUUGGUGGCGACUUGCAUUAUUUCCGGGUUCUUCCAGAGUAUUGGGAAGAUAGACUGUUGAAAGCAAAGGCUUUGGGCUUGAAUACUAUCCAAACUUAUGUUCCUUGGAAUUUGCAUGAACCAAAACCUGGAAAGCUAGUUUUUGAGGGGAUUGCAGAUAUAGUAUCUUUUCUCAAACUCUGCCACAAACUUGGUUUCCUUGUUAUGCUUCGGCCUGGGCCUUAUAUAUGUGCAGAGUGGGAUUUGGGGGGUUUCCCUGCCUGGUUACUUGCCAUAGAGCCAGCUGUCAGACUAAGAUCAUCAGAUCCUGCUUUCCUCCACUUAGUUGAAGGAUGGUGGGCAAUCCUGCUUCAGAAAGUAGCUCCUCUUCUCUACGAAAAUGGAGGCCCUGUUAUAAUGGUUCAAAUUGAAAAUGAAUAUGGUUCAUAUGGAAAUGACAAAGCUUAUCUUCAUCAACUUGUCACCUUCGCUCGUAGUCACCUUGGGGAUGAUAUAAUUUUGUAUACUACAGAUGGAGGUACUAGGGAAACUCUUGAGAGAGGAACAAUAUCUGGAGAUGCAGUAUUUUCAGCUGUUGACUUUACUACUGGUGAUGAGCCUUGGCCAAUAUUUCAGUUACAAAAGAAGUUCAACGCCCCUGGAAAGUCACCACCACUUUCAGCGGAGUUUUACACAGGCUGGCUUACACAUUGGGGAGAGAAGCUUGCAGAGACUGAUGCUGAUUUUACAGCAGCUGCCCUGGAAAAGAUUUUGUCUCGAAAUGGUUCUGCUGUGCUUUAUAUGGCACAUGGUGGUACAAACUUUGGAUUCUAUAAUGGAGCGAAUACUGGUGAAAUUGAGUCUGAUUACAAGCCUGACCUCACUUCUUAUGAUUAUGAUGCACCAAUCAGGGAAACUGGUGAUGUGAACAAUGCAAAAUUCAAGGCAAUUCGGAGUGUUAUAAAGAAAUACAGCACAAAAUCUCUUCCUUCAGUUCCGCCAAAUAAGGAAAAGGCAGGAUAUGGACCUAUUGACUUACAGAAAAAAGAAUUUUUGUUUGAUAUACUUAAUAGGAUAAACUCCAUUGGUAUUGUUAAAUCUGAAAACCCAAUUUCAAUGGAGUCUGUGGGCCAGAUGUUUGGGUUUUUAUUAUAUGUAUCCGAAUAUGCUGCAAAGGCCGAUGGAAGCGUUCUAUCAAUACCAAAGGUUCAUGACAGAGCUCAAGUUUUUAUAUCAUGCUCUUCUGAAGAUAAUGGUGGCAGACCAAUAUUUGUUGGUACAAUGGAAAGAUGGUCAAAUCAAACGCUUGGCCUUCCUAAAAUUAAAUGCAUCUCCAACAUCAGCUUAUAUGUUUUGGUUGAAAAUAUGGGUCGUGUAAAUUACGGGUCAUACAUAUUUGACAGGAAGGGUAUUUUGUCUUCUGUUUAUCUGGACGGGAGAAUUCUGCAAGGAUGGAAAAUGCUCUCAUUUCCUUUUAACAAUCUGAAUGAGGUCCCAAAAACCAAUCCUGUCAUUGCAUAUUCUGAAUCCAUAGAAAAAUCAGCCCGCAGAAAAGCCAAAGAGAAUGUUUCAAAAGAACCAUCAUUCUAUGCCGGCCAUUUCUCUAUUGACAAAGAGAAUGAUAUUAAAGACACAUUCAUAUCAUUCAAUGGUUGGGGUAAAGGCAUUGCAUUUGUCAAUGAAUUUAAUAUAGGAAGAUAUUGGCCGAUGAGGGGACCACAAUGCAGCCUUUAUGUCCCUGCUCCAAUUCUUAAGCAAGGGGAAAAUGUUGUGGUUGUACUUGAGUUAGAAUCUCCAAGCCCUAAACUUGUGAUACACUCAGUUGAUCAGCCAGACUUCACAUGUCAGUUGAUCAGCCAGACUUCAAAUGAAGAUCAAGUAAAUUGAAUAUGCAUCAGCUAUAAGAUACCAUGUAAUACAGAACACCCUGGUUCUUGUUUGUAAACAUGGAAAAGGUAGAGCUAGAGCUUAAUUGUUGACCUCCUGAAGAUCUUUCCCAUACUUGGUUGUUUAUAGCAAAGGAGAAUGUGUCAUUUUUUUUGUAUCCUCUAGAGGAUAUAUUUAAGUGUGAUGGAGAAUAAGCAGAUGAUAGAAAAGGCUUUUGUCGAAAGAAUAGAGAGUCCAGUAGGGGUGAGACCGGGCAAGUGCAAGUGCAACCCUCACCCCAAAAAGCUUCCUGGAAGAAUCUGCCUUGACUGUUGAUUGAUGUCUUUAACUUUGUGGUUUUCUUUGUUUUUCCUUUCUUUGGUUGUAACUUGUAAAUACCCCUCAAGCCAAAGGCUAAGCUAAACAUGCCCCAAAUUUGUGAUUUUUUCUUUUGGCGUGUAUAACUUAACCGUAAUUUUAAGAUUUUGAUCCACAUGCA